CACUAGCAACGAUUGACGUGAUUCUGAUUGACAUUUGUAACAAUACAAAAUGUCAUGUUAGUUAGUGCAAUGAUAAUAAAUUGUGCGAUGGAUUUAUGUGAAUUAUUCGAAAAUGGGCUUACUUCAAACAGAACAAAUAGGAUUUACUAUAAAUCUGUGUGAAGUGUGCUAAAUUUCAAUGUGAUCAAUGACCUAUUCUGUGGAAUAUCGACGCUUUGAGUUGUGUCGGAGAAGAGAUUUUAUUUGGACAAAUAUUUCAUGACCAUCAAAACUGCCCCGAUGCCUCUAAGCAUCAGCAUCCCUAAGACAACAUGUAUGACAUGUUGUCUGAGUUCCAAGUAUCAGAAUUCGAUUCAAUCGGGGAUAUAUUUCGACUGAAGUCUGGUGAUCCAUUAGAUACGUUUGGUGAGAUGUGGUACCCAGUGUUUUUGUGGUCAUUGUGUUCGUCAGUGUUUGUUCACACUUGUGCGGCGCUCGUGGCAUUCGGCACUCUAAGAAAGCACAAGUAUGGAAAGUUCUUUCCCGUCCUUUUAAUAGUGAUGGGUGUUGUGAGCCCAGUGACAUCAGGUGUGGCGAGCAGCGCUGCUGUCGCCUUCAUAUAUCGCGCAGCAAAUCUGACCAUGCCGCCCAUCCAUGCCAUGAUAUGGGGCAUUGGGCAAACACUGUUAGGGGCCGGCAUUGGUUUCACGAGGAUUUUGGCAACUUUGUAAUAAGUGGUGUAUUGUUUGUAGUUUUAAUUGUGAUGCAUCAACUCUCUAUAUAAUUUUGAUGUAAUUGAAAGUCAAUUAUCUUAGCAUUAUUGUAAUGGAAAUGGUAUAGGACAGUGCAAAUGUAGUAUAGAUAAAUUUUAUUAUCACUGGUCCUGGUAAUGGUAAAUACUCACUAAUCAUAGUAGUGAGACUGCUGUAAAUAAUAUUUCUCUAUGUGUACUCUGUGUAUGUAUGCAAAGAAUAGUCAUUUUUAUUGUAUAAUUUGGCAAUGAAAUUAUAAAGUUUACUUAUUUAAAAACCUGUCCUUGGCUUUAACCAUUGUAAAUAUAAUCACUUAUUUUGUACGAGAACAUAUGAACUCCAAUGAUUUAUUAUUUUGUCUCUGUUCAAAUUUUCCACAUGGCUGUGCAUGUGUAUUGAAAACCAUAUACUGACUAUUUGCAAGAUUACUAUCAAUGCUAAAAGAUGUGAAUUCCCAAGUCUUGGGACUGGGUUCAGAUCCUGUUACUGUACUGCUGACAUUGUAUAUAAGCCUUUUUCUAAGUCCAUUCCUCUUUUAUGUUAGUACCCUAUAUACCCUAAACUUUGUUCAUAUGUAUAUCCCACAUUCAAAAUUGAUAGUUCAACUGCCCAAUCUACUACCCAAUCUGCAACUGUUACACUGGGCACAUUAGGUAGAAAAUACCAAAUUAUACAGCUAAAUUGUCUCAAAUGUAGCAUAUAAGAACAGAGCCUAAUCUGGGCAGUAACAUUACAACCACAAUAUUACUCUUUGGUAAUAUUGUAAACACAGUAGUGGGGACAACCCAUCACUAAUUGGGUGGAAUCAAUCACAGUGAAUUUGGGUAUCAAUAUGUCUGUUUAUGAAGUACCUGUAGGUACAUAUAAGUUACCUUGUAAAGUAAUUAUUUAAUUUUGUUUCUAAAAAAAGUUGUACUGUGAUUACAAUUUAUUGCUCAUUGGUCUCCAUGCUCGACCCACCGAUAGCCACUAAUCAUGCUUGCUAGUGACUGAUUAUUAUUUUAAUAAUAUUGAAUCGCAAUAUUCUUUUAAUUUAAAUUAUUGUAAUAAUGAUAAAUAAACAAUGUACCAAAUUAUGUUAAGAU